CAGGGAUCCGGCUUCCGGGGGUGUUGUGGAUAUCAUUAUGCCGCGUACAUCCUCAGCACCUCACCAAGUAGAGGACGAGUCGAAGCAGCCAUUGAUGCCUGCCCAGGAUAACAAGGUUAAAGACAAUGUCAUAGAGUCGCAGGCCAUGUCAGAAGAGGAAACUGCGUCGGCUGGUCAUAGCAACGCUGAAAGAAAUAAAAGUCAUUUAUCAGAAGAGCACGGUGACAAGAAGGUCUCAGAGGGGCAUCGCAAGCAUCGCCGAUACCUCACAGCGGGUGCGCAAUGCUGCUCUCAAACAUUUACGAUCCUGCAAAAUCUUCUAGCUGUUCCCAUGACGGAAGCUCUUGGUACCCUCACCCUUACGCUGGUAGUUGGUCUGCUCUCCCGUCCCGCCGCAGGCGUAGACAGCCUUACGGCCGCCAUUGGAGUCGCCGCCGUCUUAUUGGCCAUGAUCAACACAGGCGCUCCGAUAUCGGGCGCGCAUUACAACCCGGCGGUGACCUUCGCAUUGCUUCUCAUCGGACGAGUCUCCCCUUUCCGGGCCCUGGUUUACAUAGCCAGCCAAACCGUCGGGGCCAUUGGGGGGGCCUACCUGGCCCGAGGUCUGGCUGCCUCUGAUCAACUAGCAGAUCCAUUCUUGCCGGAGGGAGUUACCGGGGAGCUAGCCCUGGUCGAGAUCAGCUUUACAUACGCCUUGGUCAUGGUGGUGAUCCACACCGCUUUUGCCCGAGCACAGCAACCCAAUGCCUAUGCGGGCGUGGCGAUAUGUGCGACGUUGGUGACAGGGGCCUCUCUGGGGGCGGUCAUGAAUCCGGCGGUGUCUGCUGGG